AUGAUUGAACGUCUGAAGAAGGUGAGCCUGCCAGCUCUCUCCGCAGUUAUCCUCUUUUGCAGUUACCACUAUGGCCGAGUCCUGGGAGUGAUUUGCUUUGACAUCGUCCAAAGGACAUCGGACAAUUCCCUGGUGGCUCGCAAUAAGCCAGAGCUUAAAUGGUUGUGUCUGAGUUUCCGACUGAUCAGUGCCACGACUGUGUGCUGUUUCUGUGCCCCCCAUGUGGCGGAUAUCGAGGAUCCCUACGAGUGGUUGCUCCAGUGUCUGCGCCUUUCGGCCAGUCUCAUAUGCGGCACCUGCAUAAUUGUGGUCCAGAUCUGCUACGAAAAGGAGCUGCUCCGCCUGAUCAACAGUUUCCUGCGGCUCUUUCGACGCGUCAGACGAUUGUCGUCCUUGAAACGGAUUGGAUUUGGAGGAAAACGGGAGUUCUUCUUGUUAGUAUUCAAAUUCAUCUGCCUGGUCUACGAACUGUACUGUGAGCUGUGCCAGAUGUGGCCUCUACCCUUACUCUCCUUGUUCACUAUGCUAUGUGAUAUAUUCCUGGAAAUUGGCUCUCUAAUGAUCAUACAUAUCGGUUUCGUGGGUUACCUCAGUGUAGCCGCCCUUUAUUCCGAGGUGAAUAGAUUCGCCCGUUUUGAGUUGCGGCGGCAAUUGCGAUCCUUGGAACGUCCUGCCGGAGGUCCUGUGGGUCGCAGGCAACUGCGAAUCGUUGAGUAUCGUGUGGAUGAGUGUAUAUCGGUAUACGACGAAAUCGAACGCGUGGGCCGCACAUUUCAUCGCCUGUUGGAAGUGCCCGUUCUGAUAACUCUUCUUGCUAAGAUAUUUGGUACUAUAAUCCUAUCCUAUGAGGUCAUAAUACGGGCCGAGUUGUAUCCCCGCAAAGUCGGAAUGUGGGGUCUGGUGGUGAAGAGUUUCGCAGAUGUUAUACUCCUCACCUUGGCGGUCCACGAAGCGGUCAGUAGUUCACGAAUGAUGCGGCGUUUGGGUUUGGAGAACUGCCCCAUUAGUGACCACAAGGAGUGGCAUGUUAAGUGGGAAAUGUUCUUGAGCCGCUUGAACUUCUUUGAAUUUCGCGUAAAACCCUUGGGAUUAUUCGAGGUCUCCAACGAGGUCAUCUUGCUGUUUCUAUCCAGUAUGAUCACCUAUUUUACGUAUGUGGUGCAGUACGGCAUUCAAACAAAUCGAUUGUGA